CUGGUCCAUAUCAAUCGAUCAGCGAGAGGAAGAUGGCGGCGGAUGCAGUUAGCAAAGGAGGAUCGAUCACCGAAAAACUCGAUUGGGUUCGUUUUUUCCCCUCCCCGAGUUACAAACCAAACAACACCGCGUAAUUUAACACCGUAAAGCCGAGGCGAGGAGGCCGACACAAACAGACCCCCGUCCCUGCUGAGCUCCGGCCUCGCCCUCGAUCCUGAGAGCGAUGGAUUUCCCGUGGCACAGCGGGGAGGUUCUGGAGCAGCUUAACAAGCAGCGUAAGCAGGGCCUGCUGUGCGACUGCACCUUCGUGGUGGACGGCGUGGACUUCAAGGCCCACAAAGCCGUGCUGGCAGCUUGCAGCGUCUACUUCCGAACCCUUUUCCUGGAUCAGAAGGAUGUGGUGCAUUUGGACAUCAGCAACGCAGCUGGUUUAGGUCAAGUCCUGGAUUUUAUGUACACCUCCAAACUGAGCUUAAGUACCCAGAACAUUGAAGAUGUGUUGUCCGUUGCCCACUUCCUGCAGAUGCAGGAAAUCAUAAAUGCUUGUUCUGCAUAUCAGUCGAUGUCAAAUCAAGCUCCGUCCAUCAUAACCCUGGAUCUUCCUGAUGAUGAGCCAGAAGAAAAGGCGGUUAGAAGAGAGCAGAAGGACGGCGCUGACGUCCAGCUGUCGGAGGUCGCAGCACAAGAGGCGGAGUGUCCUGCUAGCACGUCUGCAGAAGAUCACAAGGAGCUACAGAGGGAGGACGAUGUGAACAGAGACAUUUCUGUCGAUCCACAACAAACUGCCUCUCGGCCUCAUCCCGGCAGAAAGCCCACGGGCCGAGGAAGACCCCCCAAAGGCGCUCAGGUUUCUGCACAGAAGACGAUGCGAGUGAAGGAGGAGGAGGAAUGCUCCACGCCGAACGCUACAGGAUUUCAGGACGACCCCUCGGAUGCUGACUACACACCAAAACCGCAGGCGAGGCCUUCAGGCAGCUCGUCCUACAUGAGCUCACGCGGACGAAGGAUCAGAAAACCUGCUCGGCGAAACGACUCUGAGGAUGAAGGUCAGUCUAAGGCAAAAAGGGCGAAAAAGGCGACGGAGGCCGAAGAGGCAGCCGAGGGACAGGAACCUGACUCUGAGGAGACUGAUGAUGAUGAGGAGGAGGUUGAAGAGGCAGACGAAGACACUGAUCAACACAUGGAAGGAGACAGCGAGGAAGAGGGAAGACACAUCCUGGCGCUGUCCAUGAGCAACCGGUCCGAGUCUAAGCCCUACAGCUCUGUGACGCACAAGUGUGGGGACUGUGGGAAGAAGUUUACCCACACAGGUAAUUUUAAGCGACACAUGCGUAUCCACACCGGAGAGAAGCCGUUCAGCUGUCGCGACUGCAACAAGGCUUUCUCCGACCCUGCAGCUUGUAAAGCCCACGAGAAAACCCACAGUCCCCUGAAGCCGUAUAGCUGCUCCACCUGUGGGAAGAGCUACCGGCAGAUCAGCCUGCUCAACCUGCACCGGAAACGGCACACGGGCGAGGCGCGCUACAGCUGCGACGUCUGCGCCAAGCUCUUCACCACCUCGGGCAACCUGAAGCGCCACCAGCUGGUGCACAGCGGGGAGAAGCCGUACCAGUGCGACUUCUGCAACAAAGCUUUCUCCGACCCCACCGCCAAGAUGCGACACCUGGAGACGCACGACACGGAGAAGGGCAACAAGUGUCCGCACUGUGACAAGCGCUUCAACCAGGUGGGAAAUCUGAAGGCACACUUGAAGGUCCACAUUGCAGACGGGCCUCUCAAGUGCAAGGAGUGUGGAAAACAGUUUACCACUUCAGGAAACCUAAAGAGACACCUGCGCGUUCACAGCGGGGAGAAACCAUACGUGUGUUCGCACUGUCAGAGAGCUUUUAGUGACCCCGGAGCUCUGCAGCGCCACGAGCGCAUUCACACAGGAGAAAAACCCUGCGUCUGUCUUGUCUGCGGCAAGGCUUUCACCCAGGCCAGCUCCCUCAUCGCUCAUGUCCGCCAGCACACCGGCGAGAAGCCCUACGUCUGCGAUCGCUGUGGCAAAAGAUUCGUGCAGUCCAGUCAGUUGGCCAAUCACAUCCGUCAUCAUGACAACGUGCGGCCGCACAAGUGCCAGAUGUGCAACAAGGCGUUUGUGAAUGUGGGAGAUCUGUCCAAACAUAUCAUCAUUCACACAGGCGAGAAGCCGUUUCUUUGCGACAAAUGUGGUCGCGGCUUUAACCGGGUGGACAACCUGCGCUCCCACGUGAAGACCGUUCACCACGGCAAAGCCGGCAUGAAGCGGCUGGUGGUGACCGGGGGGACGAUGGAGGAAGUCGGCGAAGACGCCGUCGGAGCAGAGUCAACAGACGAGAUCAAGAUAGUCACCGUCACCACAGAGGACAUCGUCACCCUCGCAACCGAGGCCCUGGCAGGCAGCGCUGUAGCUCAGCUCACAGUCGUCCCGAUGACUGCCUCGGUGUCUGCAGAUGAAACAGAAGCUUUGAAAGCUGAAAUCACCAAAGCGGUGGAGAAAGUGCAAGAAGAAGACCCAAACACCCAGAUCUUGUACGCUUGUGACUCGUGCGGCGAUAAAUUUCUGGACGCCACCUCUUUGGCUCAGCACGUUCGGAUCCACACGGCUCAAGCCUUGGUCAUGUUUCAGGCAGAUUCUGACUUCUACCAGUACACCACAGCAACCACCACCGAAGAGGGGGAUGAUGGUGCUGCAACCUGGCAACCCGCGCCCGAACAGGUUAUCCAGGAAGGAGAACUGAUCUUCCGUACAGCAGAAGAAGAGCGAAAAGCAGAGGGGGUGGAUGGAGAAACUCCAGAAGAACAAGGGUCAGCGACAGUAAUUCAUAUAGAGGAGGCAGUUGAAGUGGAAGAAACCACUUCUGAGUACCAAACGAAUGAGAAGGGUGGAGAAGAAGAAAAUGAAAAGCAUAUGAAAUCUGAAGGGCAGGGGUAACAGAACAGGUUUACCUAGGAUGUAUAAUUGCUUUUGGCAGAAAUAUAAUUUAUAAGUGAGGAAAUUAGGGUUUCUACGUAAGCUAAACAUUAGGUUAUAACAUGAUGUUUCAAGAAAUCUAACCAGGAUUCAGUCUUUUAAAAUAAAAUGGAUUUUAAGAUAAUUUAAUCUUAAAUCGCAUUUGCUUUACUCUGUACAGCAAUACUGUUAUUUUGGUAAAGAAUUACAAAUUGUACAAGUUUGUAUAAUUGGUUUAUUUUUAGACUGAAAUGUAGGACGGUGUUUUGUCCCUUUAUGCUAUAUUCAUAUAUCUAAUACUUAGAGACUCAUAUUUUUCCAUUUUUUUUGAAGAAAUAUCUGCUCAUUCCUCAAACAUGAGCUGUAUUUUACUGUGCUUAGUGUUAAGUGCUUACACGCAGAAUUGCUACGUGAACAUGCAAGUCUAGUGAAGACUUAGGUGAGAGUCAAAGAACCUUAAUAUAAAAUGUAGUUUGGAUUUAUAUAGUGGUGUUUUUGUAUGUGUGUGUGUGUGUGUGUGUGUGUGUGUGUGUGUGUGUGUGUGUGUUUCUCCAGCUGGUUUCACCAAUCUUGUGCUUGUAUAAUUGCCCAUCAAAGAUGUCUUAUACAUAAUAUUGAAAGCCUAUAGUUGUGGCAGAGGUUGUAGUUACACACUGGUUUCAAGAUGUUUUACUCUUUUAUUUGGUCUGUUUAUAUUGCUACCUGUAAAAAAGAAUAUAUAGUUAAUAUUUGUAGACUUGCUCAGACUUACUGGAUCAUUAAAGAAUCACUGCUUUCUAAUA